GUCCCUACCUCUUAUUAACCAGCGUUUUCUCUCUCCAAGGCCAGUAUCGCCUCGUUCUGUCUGCCUUCUCACAUGGUUCUCAUUCAAGCAGGUGCUGGCACACCCCUUGUUAUUAAGUUCCUGGUGCCGAUACUCUCAGCAGAUAUUGUGAGGUGCCGUUAUUCUGAGGAGAAAAACAAAGAGGUGCUGGUACUGCGUGCCUGUGAGUACUGACCAACUUCAAGCACUGAAUACCUUGAUAGAAAAAUGUAUAGUUUCAUUUUACAAGUGCCCAUUUAAUACUGAAGGAACAUGUAAGUAUAAAUAUGUACUGAAGUAAUGAAACUAACAGGCGCAAACAAUUCAAAGAAUAAGGUCUUUACAAACUGAAAAUAAAUAUGAGCCCCUGGGAACCAAAAUACAGUAGCAAGGCAUCCUGGGUAAUGUAGUCUGUUAACCCUGGUCUGUGACAAAUACAGCCGUCCAGAGCAUAAAGUGGGAAAGCUGCUUAAAAGUGCCCAUGUCAAUGGCUACGCACUUUAUUGACUUAAGCACUUGGUAGAAUACGGCCGAUAGUUAUUAGUCCAAAUGAUCAAUGGAGACCGAAUCUCUGCCUGUGAUUAAAAACUGCCUGUAUGUGAAUAAAAACUGACCAGUUUGAUUGGGCUAGAAAGACAUUACAGCUGGUAAACUGACUUUUGCAUAUAAAGCUAACUUUACUUUGGUUUUUAUUACAGAGUCAGUCUGUGAUACACAGGAACUGGUUUCUUUACAGCCAUAAUCAUCUAAGCAAUGGCUCAUCAUUCCCAUGGAGAGACCUCGCUCGUCGACCUCUUGCUGGAUUAUGUGAACGAGCUCCACGAUGAACAGCUGAAGCAGUUUAAAUUCAGACUGAGUCUCUCAGCGCAUAAAGACUUAAAGCCCCUUCCUAAGGGUCAGGUGAAGAACUUGGACAGAACAGACCUUGUUGAGACGAUGAUCGGUUCUUACAGUGCAGCUGGUGCUCUCCAAGUCAUGCUCGAAAUCCUUAAGAAGAUGGACCAGAAUGACCUUGCUCAGAAACUGCAUGAAGACCUGCAGAAGUUAAAUCGGGAAAGAGGAAGAGGGGACGGCCCAGAGCUACGUGAUGCUGAGACCUUGAAGUGGACCUGGAAAGAACACGAUGCACCUGGAGGCAGCUGGAGCGGAGAGCCCAGAACCAAGACGCUUGGACGUCCCUUGCUGGCGGCCGGUGCCCCAGGAGGGGUAGCAGGUCCCCAAGCAGGAAGUGAGCUGGAUGACAUAUUGCAGCAGAACGAGGAGCUGGAUGUGUUUGAUCUGAAGAAAUUCAUCAGACCAGACAGAGAGCACUGGAAGCUGCUGCCUGUGGUCAAGAACUCCAGGACGGCUCUGUUGGACAGCUGUGAUCUCACAGAGGAAUGCUGUGCAGUGCUAACUUCAGUUCUCAGAUCAAACUCCUCACUCCUGAGAGAGCUGGACCUGAGUGACAAUGACCUGCAGGAUUCAGGAGUGAAGCUGCUCUCUGCUGGACUGGGGGAUUCCCACUGUAAACUGGAGAUAAUACUGAGGCUGUCAGGCUGUCGAGUCACGGAGAGAGGCUGUUCUUCCCUGGCUUCAGCUCUGAGGUCAAACCCCUCACACCUGAGAAAGCUGGACCUGAGCUACAAUCACCCAGGAUACUCAGGAGUGAAGCUGCUCAAGGCUGUACUGGAGAAGUGUGAGCUGAAUGUGGACCACAGUGGAGAGUGCAGGACCAGACCUGGCUUACAGAGAUACUCCUGCCAGCUGACGCUGGACCCCAACACAGUAGACAAACAACUGUUUCUGUCGGAGGAGAACAGGAAGGUAACACAUGUGUGGAAGAAGCAGCCAUAUCCUGAUCAUCCAGAGAGAUUUGACGGCUGCCCCCAAGUUUUGUGCAGAGAGAGUCUGACUGGCCGCUGUUACUGGGAGGCUGAGUGGGAUGGAGAUGGAGCUAAAAUAGGAGUGACUUAUAAAGGGAUCGGGAGGAAAGGAGGGGAUGACUGUCUGCUUGGUGUCAGUGACAAGUCGUGGGUUCUGUACUGUAAUCCUUGCAAAUUCAUUCUCCAGCACAAUAAUAAAGGCACUGACACAACCACAGAGCCCUCAGGCUCCCGCAGAGUAGCAGUGUAUCUGGACUGGGGGGCUGGUGCUCUGUCCUUCUACAGAGUCACCACUGAUGGACUGACCCUCUUGUACAGGGUCACCCCCUCAUUCACUGAGCCCCUCUGUCCAGGGUUUGAGCUUUGUAGUUCAAACUCCUCAGUGAGGCUGUGCAUGCUGGGAUAGCUCACUGCAUGCUGGAGGAAUCAUUCUUACUGAAAAGCAACACAACAUGGUGCUGGUUCUCCACAGUAAAUCUCUGCUUUUUAACCUAUAUAAUAAUUUUUUAUUGUGAAAUGUGAUGCUUAACAAAAAAUAAAUCAGGAUCAGCAAGCUCCCCUGUAUAUGUACGUUUCAUAUGCCUAUUUCCUCCCUGUACAAUGACAAUAAAGACUCUCUGUUCUGUCCUA